AUGGCACAGUUAAAUAAAAGCGAUAUUAGUAAAUCUACCAAGCGCCGAAGAUUUUUAUUAGAUAAAGAAACUUUAGAUUUUUUUUCUAAUACCCACAUAAAUUCUCAAUCGCAAUUACAACCUAGCACAUCUCAAAAUAUUAAUGAUGAUUUCCCUCGUGAUUUACCUAAAGAAAUUCUAAAAUUACCAAAAGAUGGUAUUUAUGAUAGUAUAUUUUCAAAUAAUAUGAGUUCUAAUACGCAAUUUUCUCAAAUUCCUUACAAUUAUUUUCCAAUCAAUCACAGUAUUGAUGAUGAAUACAGUGAUACUGAAAAUAUUUCAUUAAGUACCAACUCUGAUGAUGAUGAUGGUCUUGAUGAUCAUAAUUAUAAUUAUAGUACCACAGGUGUCAUUAAUAACUUGGAUGGUAAAAAUGAAGUUCUAAAAAUAUUAGCACAAUGGGCAAUUGCUCAAAAUAUUACUUUAACUGCAUUUUCAGCUCUGUUGAAAUUACUGAAAAAUCAUAGCUGUUUUAGUGAUAUCCCAGUUGAUGCCAGAACAGUAUUAAAGAUAAAUAAUGUCCAUCAAGGUAAUGCAAUUCAAGUGGUUUCCCCUGGGUUAUAUUACCAUUUUGGAGUUGCUAAUGGCUUGAUAAAUACGUUAGUAGUUAUAACUAUGGAUAAGUUUUUGAAUUCUAGUAGAAAACGUGAUAAUCCAGAAGUAAUUUCAAAUAUUGAAGAGAAACAAAAAAUCAGAAAAUAUGAUGAUAGUUAUUUGAAUUUCGGAUUUACUAGCACUGUUGUUGCAAACAUAGAACAUCCCCAGUGUGUCGUUUGUUUGAAAGUAAUGGCUGUAGAAAGUAUGCUUCCAAAUAAAAUGAAACGCCAUUUGGAGACAGUUCAUGGAAAUUUGGUGAACAAACCACGUGAUUAUUUCGUAUCAAAAUUAAAAGCUAUGGCUCAACAAAAACAUAUUUUUACAAAACAAGCUACAAUUCCUUCUAAAGCACUACUUUCUUCCUAUAAAGUAGCUUGGCGAAUAGCAAAGAGUAAAAAACCUCAUACUAUCGCAAAAAAUCUAAUUUUACCAGCCGCUAUGGAUAUGGUGUCUAUUAUGAUUGGGGAUGCUGCUGCUAAACAACUUCAAAAUGUGCCAUUAUCAGAUAAUACUAUUAGUCGUAGAAUACAAGAUAUGGCUGAAGACAUCAAUGAUCAAUUAAUUGAAAAACUAAUAGGAAAUGACUUCGCCAUUCAACUGGAUGAAGCAACUGACAGCCAUAAUGAUGCCCAUCUUAUUUGUUAUGUAAGGUUCGUAGUAAAUGACGUGUUUCAUGAAGAUUUACUUUUUUGUAAAACUAUUGUUGGUGAAACAAAAGCAGCAGAUUUAUUUAAUAUAUUAGAUUCUUUCAUAAUUGAAAACAACAUUGUUUGGGACAGAUGUUUUGGUGUUUGCACCGAUGGAGCUCGCUCUAUGGCAGGUUGUUAUAAUGGUUUACAAGCACUCGUUAAAAAAAAAGCCCCUAACGCUGUAUGGACGCACUGUAUUAUUCACAGAGAAGCUCUCGCUUCAAAAAUUAUUAGUCCAAGUCUUAAUGAAGUCUUGCUGUCUGUUAUUGAAAUAGUUAAUUUCAUCAAAACUCGACCUAUAAAGUCCCGGUGUUUUAAAAAAAUGUGUGAAGACAUGGGAGCUGAGCAUACCUCACUUUUGUAUUAUUGCAACUCCCGUUGGCUUUCACGAGGAAACGUGUUGAAAAGAUUAACUGAAAAAAUUACUUCUUUUAAAAGAAAAUUAGUCUUGUGGAAGAAUAAAAUGGAUGAAGGUGCUUUAAAUGACUGUUUUCCCACAUUGUAUAUGUUCCUUCAUGAAAAUAAUUUAAACUUGAUAGAAUCUAUCAAAUUAGUAUUCAUGGAACACUUAUCACAACUUAUUGUUCACUUCCAAAAUUAUUUUCCCGAGGACGAUCAACAACGAAAUUGGAUUAAAGAUCCUUUUACUACUGAUCUACCGUCAGAAUUAACAAUUACUGAACAAGAACAACUGAUAGACUUGUACUCAGAUUCAGUAUCAAAAUCCAAAUUUGUAUCAUUAUCUUUACCAGAAUUUUGGAUAGCUAUGAAGAAGCAAUAUCCGAUCGUAGCCAAUAAGGCUAUCAGGACUUUAAUUCCAUUUGCUUCUUCAUACUUAUGUGAAACGGGUUUUUCGGCCUUAGCAGUUAUCAAAAGUAAAUACAGAGGAAAACUAAAUACCGAAAAGGAAAUGAGAAUCGCACUAUCAAAAUUUACCCCACGAUUUGAUGAUUUAAUGCAACAAAAACAAGCACAGCCGUCCCAUUAA